UUGCGCCACGUCAUCAUAACAUCAGCCCAUAAUUUUGAACCGUUGGAUGAGCAUCCAUCGGUGGAGCGAUAGGAGUAAAUAAGCAAGAUGACUUUUCAGUUACCGAAAGGCCAAGACGUGAAAGCUACAGAGGUAGAGAGGUAAAGCGGUAGGAGUAAAUAAGAAAGAUGACUCUUCACUUACCGAAAGGCCAAGACGUCUCUCGAAAGUUACAGAGGUAGAGAGGUAAAUAAAUAUUGAAAGCUGGCGUAGCUUUUACCCAAAAGCCACCUUUCUCCUCACAAAACCACCUGCUCAUCUAGAAGUCGCCGGCCAACCUUGAAACUCUGUCUUGGACCAGCUCAUUCUGUCUUCUUCUAUACAAGGGGAAUCAACAAAGGAAGCAUAGACUUUUCAGUAUAAUAAAAAGAUGGCUAUUGAUCUAUUAUCAGAUAUAAGACCUGGACAAUUUCACUGGACUAUAUGCGUAAGCAUAUCAAGAAUAUGGGAAUUUCAUGGGACUUCAGAUGAUGGGCAGAUCAAGCAUCUGGAUUUGGUUAUAAUUGAUCAAAAGGGCACUUCUAUCUAUGUUGAAAUACCACCAGACUCAAUCCCUUUUUUAAAACCUCACCUACAAGAAGGGAAGGUUGUAAUAAUUAAGAAGUUUGUGGUGGAACAAGCAAAACCUGGUUAUAAAGUGGUCCAAAAUCAUUAUAUGAUAAAACUCAAUAGGAGGACAACAAUUACUGCAGUAGAACCAGAGCCACCUAUGUUUCCCAAGAUCACAUAUAUGUUAACUCCUUUCUCUGAACUAGAGCAACACAAGAACAUGAAAGAUAGAUUUCUAGAUGUCAUUGGACAGAUUGUAGCAGUAUCAAAUGUGGCAAAUUUUCACACUUCAGCUGCAGAAACGCAAAUGCGACGGACAAUUACUCUACGAGAUAUAAGUGGCAUGACAAUCAAUUUAUCACUAGCUGGUGAAAGAGCAACAAAAUUUGAUGGAGAUAAAAUUUAUGAUCUCGGCCAAGAAACUGCUGUUAUAGCUAUCUUUGUUGGUACCCUAAUGAAAGGAGUAACAGGACAGCCAUCAUAUCUCACAGGAUCAUCUGCCUGUCGAUGGUACAUCAAUGAUUUCACGAUACCUGCUAUCCAAGACUACUAUAACAUGUUACCAUCAGAAGUGGAUGCAGUGGAGAAAAUUGAACUUAUCGAUAACAAAUCUGGGCAGCAUGUUGAACCAAAAACAGUUCUUCAACUAAAAGACAUAGAUCCUUUUGAAGAGAUGAACAAAAGAUUCCAAUGCACUGUCACUAUCACAAAGUUGUCUCCAAAUCAAGCUUGGUACUAUACAACAUGCAAGAUUUGUAGCUCGAGAUCCUACUACCGUAAUUCGACUUACAAAUGCUCCAAAGCCACAUGCCCCUGCACUGAUGCAGAGGACAGAUACAAAGUCUGUUUCAUGGCAGCUGAUGAAACAUAUGAGCUUGAGUUUGUUUUGUUUGAUCAAAAAGCGCAACAGCUUAUUGGGAAACCCCUGCAAAGGUUACAAAGUAUGCAUGGAAAAUUUGAUACUCCACCUGAAAUAUCAAAUCUAAUUGGUCAAAGAUACACCUUCAUUGUCAAGAUAUCAGCUAAAAAAAGCAUGAGCAGUGAUGAACCAUCUUAUGAUGUCAUCUACAUAAAAGAGCAAUUUGGGAAGCAAGCUAGCAUACCAAUAUUUCAAAAGACCACUCAUCUUGCUGUAAUUAGUUCUUCCCAAGCUGUUCAAAGUAGCUUACCAUCACUAAACCCAAUGGAACCAAAAAAGAUCCAAAGAAAAAUUCAGCAGCAAGGACCUAUCAAUGAUGAUCCAUCAAGACUGCAAUAUCAGCACGCAAUAGACAAUAAACCAAAGGAAGCUCAGCAGCAUAAUAAGGAUACAAAUUUGGGUACAAAAAGGGAAAUUUCUAAUGACACGGUUGAAGAAAGUCAGAACCUUCCUACGCUAUCGAAGAGGCAAAGACGGUGACCUCUUUUUUACAGGAACAAAUCUCUCUUUUGAACAGACUCACUUUUGUGAAGCUUCUAUUUUGGGCAGAAAACACAGCCUAAUGCUAUUUAAUGGUGCUUUCGACUUUUUAAUGAGACGAUCAUAUGUCACCAAAAAUGGCAGCUAACUAUUUUGUAAAGCCUAAAUAUGUCCUCUGAUCUAAAUUCUACAGAACUUGUGCCAUGUGAAACAAAAAGACACAAGUCCUGUUAGAAUAUGUCACUGCUAUGAGUAAUGUGCAAACCUGAAAUAUGGAAGACUAUACAUAUGCUACGUAUUCCUUUGUGCGAUUA